AUGGCUGAAGAGCAACAAAACUCAAGUUUCAACAAUGGUGAAAACAUCAUUACUCCUGAAGAAGUUGCUUCGUUCCUGCCGAAAACUGUUGAAGAAGGUGGAUGGGAGAAAUGUUGGGAAGAACAGAUAACACCAUGGGACCUUGGAAGAGCCACACCUCUCAUUCUCCAACUUGUUGACUCUUCCUCUCUCCCUCUUGGCCGUGCUCUUGUCCCCGGCUGCGGCGGAGGUCACGACGUUGUUGCGAUGGCAAGCCCCGAACGUUUCGUUGUAGGAUUGGAUAUUUCCGAAACCGCCCUCAAGAAAGCUACUGAGACUUACGGUUCCUCACCUAAGGCCAAGUACUUUGAGUUCGUGAAGGAAGACGUAUUCACAUGGCGUCCUAACGAAUUGUUCGACUUCAUCUUCGAUUACGUGUUCUUCUGUGCCAUUGAACCGGAGAUGAGAUCUCCAUGGGCUAAGUCUAUGCAUGAACUCUUAAAACCCGACGGCGAACUCAUAACUCUCAUGUAUCCGAUUACCGACCACGAGGGUGGACCUCCCUACAAAGUAGAUGUCUCAACCUACGAAGAUGUUCUGGUUCCGGCAGGAUUUAAGGUUGUGUCCAUCGAGGAGAAUCCAUACGCCAUUGCCACUCGUAAGGGCAAAGAGAAGCUUGGGAGGUGGAAGAAGAUCAAUUGA